GUCUUUUUUGUUUUUGUUUUUGAUUGUGUUUUUUUGAUACAAGAGCGACGUUAUGAACAUCCUGCCAAAGAAGAGCUGGCAUGUCGGCAGCCAGAAGAACAUUGACCGCGUCGAGCGCGACGAGCGGCGGGAACGCGAGGCGAACGAGGCCAAAGAGCGACGGGCGAGAGCGGUCGAGAACGAAGCACGACUGGCGCUGCUGCGAGGCCGAGCUGGAGCAGACGACAACAACGACGACAGCGGCGGCGGCGCGUCGAGACCAAUCGACCCAUUCCCAGACAAUCAGCAUGUGAAUCUGUUCGCAGAGCAUGAGAAAGCCACAAGCAGCAUGGUCAAUCGAGAACACGAGCUGGAGGCGCGCGCAGAGCGGGAACGGCAGGAACAGCGACUUGGAAUACUGGUCAAACUCGGGCAAUCGGCCACUGGAACGUCGGACAGCGCCCUGCCGUGGUAUGCCAAACCACCCCCGUCGUUCGGGAAGGACGGCGAUGCAUCCAGCAACAGUGCAGCACAUGAUUCGGGGAGCUCGCGAAUACAUGCUUCCCGCUCGUCGUCGCGACACGAACCGUACCCGACGUCCGACGAAGCCAAGGCUGCCGCGAAAGCCGCCCGCGAGAGGAAACGAAAGGCUGCAAGCGACCCUCUUGCAGUCAUUUCGAAAGAGCUCGAGCUGCAACGAAAGGUGCACGAUGCGUCCCUGCCUGCAACCACCACCUCCAGCGCGUACGAAGCCUACCGAAACGCCGCCUUGAAUCGCGUCCAGCCAUCGACAGCUUCGAGCACCCUGCGCGUUGGAACCAAUUCGUCCAAAGAGGUGCAGCUUGCCCGGAUGCGGGAAGAGCGCCUGGCUCGCGAACAAACGGAACGAGCUCGUGCAGAGCGCCUGCUCAACUUGGGCGGAGCGAGCUCGCAUACUAGCAGCAGCCGUUCGUCUUCCGUACAGCAGCGCACCUAUGAUAACGCACCCAUCGACGAUACCGUUCCCCAUCGACGAAAGGGAACACGAGUACGUGACGAAUACGGCCGGACCAUUGGCUUUGAGGAUGAAUUUCAGUGAUGAUUAUAUUGUGUUAAGAACAAUCCAUGG